AUGAUUGACGUAGCUAGUUUGAUAUUUGAAUUGACUUUUGUUGCAGGCACUUGUGAUCGUGUUUUUGUUGAAGAUAAAAAGGUUACUGAAAAAUCGGUUUCACCAGCUCGUAGCAUAACGGAGUUACCACAACAUGACACAGUACAGACUAUCGAUGCUGAUAUACUGAAUUUCUCGAGCGAAGCAUCUACUCCAGUACAGGAACCACCAGAAUCAAAUAUUAUCAAUAAUAGCGGUUUUGAAUUGUCAAAAUUGGAUGUUCUCAGUGAGGAAAUUUGGUAUUAUCACAAAGCGAUCACACAAACGGAAGGCCUUCUCAAUCGCAAGCUUCAUCUUCGCGAUGUUCUUUAUUAUGCCAUUUCGCCUGUCUUUCCCAUGUGUGGUCUAUAUGUGGUAGGUUCAUCAUUAAAUGGUUUUGGCACGAAUAGCUCUGAUAUGGAUUUAUGUUUAAUGAUAACAAAUAAAGAUCUAGAUCAACGAACAGAUGCAGUGGUAGUGUUAAAUAUGAUCCAAAGUGCUCUAGCUGAAACGAAGUGGGUUUCGCACAUGCAACUUAUUCUUGCAAAAGUGCCCAUUUUGCGUAUUCGUUUUUACGAGCCCUUCACUGAUAUCACUGUUGAUUUGAAUGCCAAUAAUUCGGUUGCCAUACGCAAUACACAUUUGCUCUUUGACUGGAGAGUUCGGCCACUAGUGAGUGUUGUCAAAGAAUGGGCAAAGCGAAGAGAUAUCAACGAUGCGAAUCGUUCUUCCUUUACAUCUUAUUCACUCGUUUUAAUGGUUAUUCACUAUUUGCAAUGUGGCUUGAAGCAGCCAAUUUUACCAUCGUUACAAGUAGUAUAUCCAAAACGAUUUAGCGCAAGUGCUGAUGUACGCUCGCUUAAUGUUUCAAGUCAUCUGGAUCCGCCACCAGGAUGGGUAACCAACGAAACGAUAACGCUUGGCGAAUUACUUAUUGGUUUUCUCGAAUACUAUGCUUUUAAAUUUGACUAUUUGAAAGAUGCGAUAUCGGUGCGUUUGGGUAGCAAAACAGAACGUACGGUGGUUGCACGACAACCCUCACCUUAUAAUAGUAAUAUUGCUCAGUGGAAUUGCAUUUGCAUUGAAGAACCGUUCACUUUAUCAAAUACAGCUCACUCCGUCCAUAACCAGAUGGUUUUUGAUGCAAUUCGUCAAGCAUUUGUUGAUGGUUGCUAUGAAUUAGAUGCGCAAUCAGAAGCAGGUUCACCAGCCACGACGAGUUCUGGUGAUGUGACGUUAGCCAGUAAACAUCUGUUGAUAGUUUCGCUGAAAUUAAACAAGAAAGGAUGUAAUUUCAUGAAAGGAAAUGAAUCGCUAUUGUUUGUUCCAGAAUCUGAAAUGAAGUUGGAAACAGCUAUGGCUGUUCCACUUAACGAGCCGAUUUGCAUAGAGCAAUACAUGAGCCAGAGAAAUGCAUUGGUCAGCUAUGAGAAUGAAAUAACAGAUAUAGUUAGCAAUGGGGAAACUCCAAAAAGUACCAUUGAUUUCAUGGAAAUACUACAGUCGGGAGUGGAAUCUGAUAUUACAUCAUCUCUGUCUAUUGAUGAUCAAGUAACUUCAACGAAGAGCGAGAUUUCUAAAACUGUACUGUCUGAAUGUCAGCCAGAACAGCUGCAGAUGAAAUCUGAUGAUGAAAAACAGCGUGUUGAUUUAUCGAGAUCAUUUGAAGUCCUUACUAAGGAGAAGAAUGCAGUGGAAGAACAGCAGUUUGCAGGUAAAAUAACUAUUCAACGACGCUAUAAGACCAGUCAUCGCAUGUAUGGUUCAAUGGGAUGUACAGAUCGAAGUCAUUUGAAUAAGUCGAGUUUAGAACAACCGGUCGUGCGAAUAAGUUAUCGUUCUGGUACUGCUUCAUCUUGA